AUGACUCGCCCCUCUAGUGCGAGCUUCGCGCAGUUCUUCCCCGCGGCUCCAAAGGCGGCUAGGGAGAGGGCGAUGGAGCGCGAGAAGGCGAAACAGGAAGCCACAGAGUCGCCGUCGUCUGGCCAUCUGGACAAGACCACCAAUGGUCACCAAACCCCCAGCGCGCGACAAGACGAUCCUGCCACCUCGAGAUCCCGCCGGGACACCUCAGUAUCAGAUCCAUCGCGAACCCCCGCUGAUGAUAUCGACAACAUCCCAAGGGAUAUCCCCAACACAGUUGGCUCAGAGACUUCGAAUACAAGCAUGGCAUCCUCAUUGACAAGCGGUUCCUUGCGACCCAACGGUGUUGCCGCCCCCAAGAGCUCAUCAUACUCUCAUCUCACUCCUUUGACGACCAUCGACUCGCCGUCUCCGGCCAUAAAUUCUCAGCAGUCUUUCAAGUCAACCCAAAACAACAUUCCAUAUUCCGAAAUGACCAACGGAUCCACGAUGAAUCUUGAUGGCGCCUGUGAGAAGCAUUCCACGAUGGACCAGGCCGGCCUCGUACAUCGCGUACCGGCUCGAGACCCUUCACUUCGCACGCAAGUAAUCAAGUCCAUACAUGAGCCUUCCAUCGAUCGGUCGUCGCGGGAUAAGAAGAAGCCAAAAUAUAAGGAGUUUGGGUUGGAAGAUGACGCUCCCCCUCCAGCCGACCCGCGACUUGCGAAAGGCAGUCGCCUCGACUACAUUAAUGUCGACUACCAUCUUCCCAAAUCUCGCAUGCGGCAAUCACCGUACAAUGUGAAGCCGUACCCGUGGGAUUCCAAGACCUCUGUUGGCCCUGGGCCUCCGACCCAACUGGUGGUAUCCGGAUUCAACCCCCUGAUCACCUUUUCCAAGGUUGCAGCCAUUUUUGCCUCAUUUGGCGACGUCGCAGAGAGCAGCAACAAGAUGCACCCUGAAACUGGCAGCUUCCUGGGCUUUGCUACUUUUCGGUACAAGGACUCGAAGCCAAAUCGCUCACGGCCACACCCAGUCAUGGCCAUUGAUGCUGCUAAACGCGCCGUCAGGGCGAUGAACGGCAAGAAGAUAGAAUCUAACGUCGUACGUGUCGAAUUCGAUCCUGAGGGCAAGAAGAGUCGGCGCAUGUUGGAAGAGGUUUUGCACAAAGAACGUGAAAGGUCGCAGCCCUUGAUCACAAAAACCAUACCCACGGCUCCCAGGACCACAGGAUUCAUCCCAGGACCGCCACCGACAGCACCAAAAGGCCCUGCUGCCUAUAGACCGACACCCGAAGUCCGCCCCUUGCCCAUCGCGCCGCGGGUAUCGACCUUGAUCGAACAAGUACCAGUUGCAAGCCAACUCAAAAGCGACCCAUAUAUCUUCGUCGCCCACGAAUUCGUCCCAGUUAUGCCGACUACUAUUGCGCAUAUGAAAAAGCGGCUUAAGAAUUACCGCUGGGAGGACAUUCGUGCCGACAGGCUUGGAUACUACAUUGUCUUUCGAGACUCAUCAUUCGGUCGCGCCGAAGCUGAGAAAUGCCAGACGUCAGCAGAUGGUACUGCGUUCUUCACAUACAACCUCAAUAUGAAGCUGCACUUGUUCGGCGCUGAGGGCAAGCCGGCGGUGAAUUCCACAUCGCUGACUUAUAAGCGGCGGAGUCGCAGUCCGCCGCGGCGCCCGGUCGCAAUAGAACCACCGAAGCGAGACGACAAGGAGCGUGCAAGAAGGGAGGACUUAAGGGAUCUGGAAGAUGAGAAGCGCGAGCGAGCGAACAAUUUCGAUCCGGUCAAGGAAGCCGCUGAGGUCGUGCGACGAGAGAUGGUCGAGCAUCUCAUCAAGCACAUUCGUCAGAAAGUUGCUGCGCCGAGCCUGUUCAACUUCCUGGACCCUGCUAAUCAUGCUGCCAAACGUCGCAAGUUCGGCAUCGAGGAUCCAGCCGGGGCCAAAACACCUGCCUUUCUUUUCGAGGACACCGAGGAGAAGUCUCCUGCGAGCACGCCUAAUUCACGGGCGGACCCGAUCGAACGCCGUACUAAACAUCUUGAUGUCACUGCACUACCUCGGAUUCGUAAGGCAAAGAAAGGUAGCCUUAUCCGGAGACCUGGGUUUACCGACCCCUUUGCCCGAGAGAGACCGACCUCUCAUCGGCCAGCCUUUCGUUCUCUGCACCAUCGCCUGCAACAUGCUGAAAGUGACGCGGAGUCUGAGGACGAAAUUGAAAAUCGUGACUCUUUGGCGAGAGACACUGAAGAGCCAGAGUCUCGACCUCGCAGUCGCAUGAGCACUGAUGAUGACGCAAAGGAUGACUUUGGACAAUGGGGACCUGCCGAGGAUGACUCAAUGACCGAAGCCAGCUUGGCACAAGAUGGGCCACUUCCACGUAUCAAGAAGAGAAAGCUUGACCUGCAGGUAGAGACUGCUAUCAAGCGCCAGAAGAAGAGUGACGAAGAGCUCUUCGGAGUGACCAUUGAUCACAUCGAAACCGAAUACCCUCUCCGGGACGCAUCCGAAGACGUUCUCUUGGAAGAUGCAGACUCGAUGGCAGCCACUCUAGAUGACUCGUCUCUGGCUACUCAGGAACCGAUCUCAAAGGCUUCGAAGAAGGUUCUUACCAAGUCGAAAAAGAAAUCCAAAAAGCAGAUAUUUGAGGAGCGCGAGGCUCUCAAACGACAACAGGAGGAGAUAUUUGAAGAGGAAGCCGAGCAAAAGUCCGAAUCUCUUAAGCAGCCCACGCCGCCACCAGACCCAGAUUUCAAGCCUACGCCGCCCCCUGAAGAUCCAGACAAACCCUUACCGGAUCCAGCACUGUACCCUGAGCAUGUGACCAAGGCACUCGCCCUUCCUGUCGAUUUCAAGCUUGACAUUGAGUCUAUGCGAACCGUGCUUCCUGGGGACAGUGACCGGCCCAAUAUUACGAAGCUGAAGAAGAAGUUCACCGUGGAAGACAUUGGCGACCCACAAGCGUGGAUUUGGAAACGAGACCGUAUCAGGGAGCUCAAUUCGUGGGACGGGUCCGGUGAGAUUGUGGGCAUUGGAGGCUACUACGUGCCAAACCCAACCGGCUGUGCACGCACUGCAGGCAUCAAGAAAAUUCUCAAUUCCGAGAAAUCCAAGUAUUUGCCGCAUCAUAUCAAGGUGCAGAAGGCGCGCGAGGAGCGCGAGAAAGCUGGUAAAGGUGGUAAGGUUAAGGGGGCUCUGGCUGAGGUCAGCAAUACAAGAGUCGCGCCCGAUCACGUCGCCUCUCAGAGCAACGCCCGCGACACACGCGCCAAACAGCGCGACCACAACUCUUCCCUUGAGAAGACUCAAAAGGUGUUUGGCCAGGCGUCAGACGUUCUGCGCUUCAACCAGCUGAAGAAGCGCAAGAAGCCCGUCAAAUUUGCUCGCUCUGCCAUCCAUAACUGGGGCCUGUACGCCAUGGAGAACAUUGCCAAGGACGACAUGAUUAUUGAAUAUGUCGGUGAGCAGGUGCGGCAGAAGAUCGCCGAUCUCCGCGAACAGCAGUACACAAAGAGCGGCAUAGGCAGCAGCUACCUGUUCCGAAUCGACGAUGACACUGUCAUUGAUGCGACAAAGAAAGGCGGGAUUGCGCGGUUCAUCAAUCAUAGCUGUGCGCCGAACUGCAAGGCCAGCAUCAUUCGCGUGGAAGGGAGCAAAAGGAUUGUCAUCUACGCCGAGAGGGCCAUCGCACAGAACGAGGAAUUGACAUACGAUUACAAGUUCGACCGAGAGAUGCGAUCGGAGGACCGUAUCCCUUGCCUGUGCGGCACGCCAGAGUGCAAGGGCUUCCUCAACUAA